AUGGCAUAUCGCGGUACGAGAGGACCAAGUACUAGUAACAAUUAUGAUGGUAGCUAUUUGGAACGUCAUAACGAUAGCCUUGUGGAUGAACUCUCGAGCAAAGUUGCUGCUCUGAAGAAGGUAACAAUAUCAAUCGGAGAAGAUGUAAGAGAGCAGAACCGCUUACUAAAUACUAUGGAUGAUGACUUCGAUUCCUCGAAAGGCUUGCUAGCGUCGACCAUGAAACGGCUGGGAAUUGUCAGUAAAGCAGGAGGGAAAAACGUAAUGUGUUACCUGGUUCUGUUCGCUUUAUUCGUCUUCUUCGUUAUAUACUAUCUAGCGAGUCCGUUUUGUUGUCCUGACUUGUCGACAUAUUGUCCGGAUAUUGUCGACACGAAGGUGCUUAGGUCGUUAGGUGUUCAGUUCACAUUAGACGUCAAGUCUCGCAGUGAGGAAUGGAUGGAUUCUGUACGGGCUGUAGAUCGAGAAGAUUGGGCAGAGCCAUAUUCAGCGACAACAGAUGCGGAUAAGCGCUGA